UGUCCGCCGCACCUUGGGCAUGGGGAACCGGGACCGGAGCCUCACGUGUGCGACUGCGGGGCUGGGGCCGCCCCUUCCGCCGCCGCCGCUCGGCCCCUUCCGGCGUCGGCUCCGGGCAGCCGGGAUGGGGGUGACCUGCGUGUCGCAGGUGCCGGUGGCCGAGGGCAAGAGUGUGCAGCAGACGGUGGAGCUCCUGACGCGGAAGCUGGAGGUGCUGGGGGCCGAGAAGCAGGGAACCUUCUGCGUGGACUGCGAGACCUACCACACGGCAGCAGCCACCAUCGGCACGCAGGGGCAGACGGGGAAGCUGAUGUAUGUGAUGCACAACUCCGAGUACCCCCUGAGCUGCUUUGCGCUCUUCGAGAGCGGCCCCUGCCUCAUUGCCGAUGCCAACUUCGACAUCCUCAUGGUGAAGCUCAAAGGCUUCUUCCAGAACGCCAAAGCCAACAAGAUAGAGACCAGGGGCACCCGCUACCAGUACUGCGACUUCCUGGUGAAGGUGGGCACGGUCACCAUGGGCCCCAGUGCCCGGGGGAUAUCUGUGGAGGUGGAGUACUGCCCAUGCGUGAUAGCCAACGACUGCUGGAGCCUGCUCAUGGAGUUCAUGCAGAGCUUCAUGGGGAGCCACGCUCCCGGCCUCCCUUCUGUGUUUGGCACCAAGCACGACAGCAUCUACAGCCCCUCAGACACCAUGGUGCAGUACAUGGAGCUCUUCAACAAGAUCCGCAAGCAGCAGCAGGUGCCUGUGGCCGGGAUGAGGUGAACGGAUGCCGCAGAAGCUGCUUUGGAAUGACUGCAUCCUGGGAUCAGGACACCUCCCCAGGUGCUGUGUUGCUUCUCAGCCUCUUUCCCCCUGUUUCAGAGCAAAGGGCUUGAAUUCUCCACGUGUUUCUCGGCCUCCUGCGUGGUUUUGAGCGUGUCUGGGAUGGAGCUUGUGGUGCUGAUGGUUCUUUGUCCCGUGCUUCAUGUGGGGGAUUAGAGCUCAGCAGGAAAAGGAGCAAUUCCAGGCAAAUCCAUGCCCAGAUUGGCACCGAAUCAGAGACUUUCCUGAACUUUGUAGGAUAUCCACAUGUCUUUAUUUUCCAUGGGAAUAAAAGGCUGUGUUUUGUGAGGA